CCGGAACCUUCCUUCGCAAGGUCAAGUUCUCUGAGUGCAAGAUGAAGUUCUUUGCGGCUAUUGUCUUAUCUUUUCUUCUUGUCGCUGCCAACAUUGUCCUAAUUCAAUGCCAAGAAGAAGACAUUAUGGCUACAAAGAAAGAAGCUUUCUCUCAAUGCUCUAUUGAACACAAUAUUAGCAAAGAAGCUGUUCAUAGCAUUAUGAACCAUGAGAAUGUGCCAAACGAUAGUGAAGUUAAGUGUUGGCUUGGUUGUGUUUUCAAGAAAUUAGGAGUGCUGAAAAAAGGAAACAUUGAUUGGGACCGAUGCAUAAUGCUUACAAAGCAUUGCCUCAGUAAUGAUCAAGACAAGGCCAAAGUUGAUGAGAUUGCCAACAUUUGCCGAGCCGAAGUUCCUAAAGAUGAAAAAGAUGAAUGUGAGCUGGCAUAUUCUGUAGCAGUUUGCAAAAUCAACAACUGGAAUAAUCUUGGUCUUCCAAUCAGCGAUGGCAAUGAAUGAUAAAUUAGACAUUUUAAGUAUUGCUAAGAACAAUCAUAAGGAUUGCAUGAUAUAAAUUGCAUUCAUUACAUAUUAUACUUAAUAUUAAAUAAAUUGAAUAUUAAACUAUUAUGUUUUGUCUUACCCAACAAUUACAAGUUUAAAAAAAUAAAGUGUAUUCUAGAUAUCCUAUUGACAAUAAUCAUCAAUAAAUAUAUUUCAUAUAUCAACUGAAAAAUUAAAG